CCAGUGCAAUUGAGUGUGUUUGGGUUGUAACGCCCUUGAAUCGACUGUUUACCCUUUAUCUUAUCUUCUAUCGCCAAACGUCAGCAACCCGUCAUCAUGAUAGUCACAGGUGCACUGUCUAUGUCGGUGCCAGUCCGUGCAUCCAGACAAUUGUUACGUGGAAGCACACUGCUUAGAGCUAAUAGUACCACGGCGGGGUGCUCCCGAAACAAUUUGUUCCGUAGCCAGUCAAUUACAACCUUGACAGGCUGCUUGAAGACGAGACAGCUUCAGAUGGGAAGUUGUACCACCAGUGUCAUGAACACACGCCUGGCACAAGUAUACGGGCAACAGAGGAGAUGGACUGCGACGCAAAAGCCGUCUGAUCAGAAAGAUAGUACCCCUAAAGAGCCUCAAAAUGACUCCAAAACAUCUCAAGUUCUCUCCAAACUGCCCCUUAAGACUCAUGAAAAUAUUUACACCAUCCCCAACAUCCUCACCUUUUCUCGUUUGGUUGCCGCUCCUCUGGUAGGGUAUUUUCUGGUCCAUGACCAUCACGCGGCCGCAUUGUCGCUAUUUGCGUAUGCUGGAAUUACGGAUCUCGUCGAUGGCUGGAUUGCAAGGCGGUAUAACUUGCAGACCGUUGUUGGAACUAUCAUCGACCCAAUGGCCGACAAGUUGCUGAUGACUAUUGGCGUUGCUUGUUUGGCAGUAAACGGAUCGAUUCCAGUCUGGCUUGCGGUCAUCAUCCUCGGUCGGGAUAUUGGUCUCGCCAUCUCUGCGAUCUACUACCGAUGGAUCUCUCUUCCGCCACCAAAGACCAUGGCCCGUUACUGGGACUUUUCUCUUCCCUCUGCAGAGGUGAAGCCAACCGCAGUCUCCAAGGCCAACACAGCCCUGCAACUUGUGCUCGUGGGCUCUGCAAUCGCCAUGCCAGUGGUUCCAGAAGCAAUCCUUGAUGCCUGGCAUCUAAAAGAAGCAAUGACUGGAUUCCAUACAUACGACCACAGGGUGUGGAGAACAGGGCUUCCCGUCCGCUCAGCCGUACUUAAGCCACACGCCGGCAGAUACCUCGUCGCAGCCACUACCCUCUGGUCCGGCCUCAGCUACGUCUUCUCCAAAGACGCAGUCAAAAUCCUGUCCAACGAAGAGGUCCAAAAACGCAUUGCUAGAGCCAGCGCCGCGAAGAAGAACUCUUCGUGAUCUAGUUUCGUUGCUUCUCGGGCAAAUUUCCCCAUUAUUUAUGUACAGUAUACGCAUUUUUGAGACAGGCAUUUGCGCAUUUGACUCGAGCAUAACUAGCACAUUUGCAUAUUUUGAACACGCAUUUUUAUUUUUUAUUUUCUUCUUUAAGAACAGGGCUUUUGGAUUGAGCUGAGUUGAAAUGCAUAAAAAUAGU